CAUAAUUGUACCAGAGUAUUUUUAUCUGAAGCCGCGAGCGCGUACGCCAGUCCGCAGCAGGUGUGCGUGAAAGUAUCUCGUGGAGGUUUCCUAGGAGUACACAGACAAAAUGACAUCGGACAUGUCGAUAAGGGAAUUCUACAAAGGUAGGAGCGUCCUAGUGACGGGCGGAACAGGUUUCAUGGGCAAAGUCCUUGUGGAAAAAUUGCUGUUCAGUAUACCGGAUAUCGGAAAUGUGUAUGUGCUAAUGAGACCCAAAAAAGGAAAAUCGAUCAAGCAACGGUUCGCUGACAUGCAACGUUUGCCGCUCUUCGAUCGAUUGAAAAAGGAAAACCCAUCAGCAUUUACGAAAAUCAAGCCACUUCAGGGCGAUGUUCUGUUCGACAAUCUCGGCUUGUCUGACAGAGAAAUAGAGCUAUUGUCAGAAGAAAUAUCCGUGAUAUUCCAUUUUGCAGCAACCCUAAGAUUAGAAGCUCCCCUCAAAGACAACGUUAACAUGAACACGUGCGGUACGCAAAGAACUAUGAAUGUUGCAAAGAGAUUAAAAAAAUUAGCUGUGUUCGUACAUUUGUCUACCGCCUUCUGCUAUCCGGAUUACAGGGUUUUAGAAGAGAAGACGCACGAGCCACCAGUAAAACCUUCGGAUGUGAUGCACCUGAUUGAGUGGCUCGAUGAUAAUCAGAUUGCUUCGCUCACUAAGUCGCUUCUCGGCCCGCAUCCAAACUGCUACACGUUUUCAAAGAGACUAGCCGAAAGUGUCGUAGAGGAUGAAUGGGAGCACCUGCCUUCAGUCAUAGUACGGCCUAGUAUAGUUUGCCCUUCUUAUCAAGAACCUGUUGCCGGGUGGGUAGACAACCUGAAUGGGCCUAUCGGUUUGAUGAUCGGCGCUGGGAAAGGUGUUAUAAGGUCCAUGUUGUGCGAUGGAAGUCUUACAGCUCAAGUGAUACCCGUGGACUUAGCAAUCAACGCCAUUAUAGCUAUAGGUAUGAUCGAAGGAUCAAGGAGUAACAAGCCAGAUGUAAUACCAGUUUACAAUGCGAAUAUUGGACAUCAAAAAGAAACAACCUGGGGCGAAGUCAUAAAGAUUGGCAAAGACUACGGCCGCAAGUAUCCACUCGCUUGGCCGUUAUGGUAUCCGAACGGCGACAUAACAACAAAUAUCUUCAUUCACGAGUUCAAGCGAAUUUUCUUCCACCUACUGCCUGCGUAUUUAAUCGAUCUUCUGCUAUAUUUGUUGGGUCAAAAACGUUUCAUGGUGCGAAUACAAGACAGAAUAAGUCAAGGUCUAGAAGUAUUACAAUACUUUACAAUGAGACCGUGGAGCUUCCCUUGUCCUAACUAUGACGGUAUUCAAUCAAAGUUAAACAAGGAAGAACAAGUUAUAUUUAACACUGACUCGACGUCGGCUGACAGAGAAAAGUACAUGCAGCAAUGUAUCGAUGGUGGAAGAAUCUACUGCCUUAAAGAAAAUAUCAGCAAAAUCCCUAUCAACAGGGCUUACCACAAUUUCUUAUUUGUCCUGGACUUACUAGUCAAGAUAUUCUUCGUGCUUUUCAUACUGUCCUUCCUGGCAUCGUGGUGCAGUCCUGUGAAAGACGUGUUCAAGUAUGGAGAGCCAGUGGUGAAACAUCUACCAAUAUUAGGACGAGCUGUAUUUGACUAAAACAGAAGAUAUAUUUACUUGAUACUUGCAACUAUUCAGAACAGAUAAGUUAAAAGUAAAGUAAAAAUUAUACGGUUGUAAUACGUUUCCGUCCUGACCUAAGUUCCAUAGUUCUGGGAAAUGAAAUUUGCAAAUAUCAGGUUACAGUGCCACCCACUAAAUCGAGGCAUUGUGUUUUACUAGUAGUAGGUAGGGAAAAAUAAGGGCUUUAUUGGUACAAGCUUAAACAGAUAUAUAUUUUUUGUUAUGUUGUUUUUAAUUUAUGACCUUCGGUAAGCGAUUUCUACUCUCACUUUUUCUGCCUUUUAUUUCGAAACUAGCGGACGCCCGCAAUUCAGUACCUAAACGUGAAAUACGGUUUUUCAUAAAAACCGUGGGAAUCAUAAAUUAUUCCAGGAGAGUCUAUAUAUUUCUCAGUAACCUCCUCCAUCUGGUGAAAGUCCGUUCUAAUCGGUUCAGCCGUUCUAGAGAUUAGGCCGGACAAACAGUCAGACAGACAAUUUUAAAAUGCUUGAUUGUGUAUUAGUCUCGUGUAAAUAACUAUAAGCACUUGACCAACCAGUUGUUUUGAAACCACAGACAGACACUUCAAUUUUAUUUAUAGAAAUUGAUAAACAAUCCCAUAAUAUCAAAAAAUAUUUUCUGACAAAAUUCGCAAGCCGAAGUAACAAAACUCUUUGAAAUCUGUAUUUGGCAUGGUUUUUAAGAUUUUAAGAUAAUAUUAUUGUAUGCUUAACUGAAAUGUAUUUAUAAAGUAAAUAAUUAUGUAUAAUAAAUAAAAUAAAAAUUAAUAAAUGUGGACCUUAUACCUGGAAAGGUAAAUUUU